UCGCUAUACUUGGCGUGUGGCGAAGGCAGGCAGGCAGGUAGUCAGAUAGGCACGACGUUCCCGCCGCAACGUUACACGCGCCGAGAAACGUGUUCGGCGCUACGCCGACGCUUCGCUGCUGCUGCUGCUGCGGCAUAACUGCCAACGACGCUGACGCCAUGAUUGGAAUUUGAGGAACUUUGCCGCACGCGCCUGCCAGCUGCCUCCAUCUCAGUGCAGCGUUCCUUCCCCGUUUUUCCGUUUUAAAUUGUUUUAUUUGUUUUAUUCUAACUCGCCUCCCGGCUACUGUCGCUGUCACCUUCCGGAAGUGAAAAGCCCCGUGUGUCUGUGUUUCGCGGUCAUGCGCUUGUGUGUGCGUAGUCGUUCGCCUGUUUGAUUGCCUCGAGGUAAACAUCCUCAGCAAAAAGGCAACGCUGUUUUUCGAGUGUUUGGAAGUUCCCAGCUGAUUGGUGACACGGCCAAAAUCCGGCCGAAGAGAGUGCGCCGUUGAUGAUGAAGCCCGUCCACAAAGAUGGCAGCCGCACUGGCCGUGGCCUCUCCUCCCAAAAUCAAGAAACAUCGAAAAGGAGAAAAACUCUUCGAUUUCAUUCCAUGCCGACAUGUUUUCGUUCUUAUGGGAUUUCUUGGUCUGCUGAACGUGUAUUCCUUACGUGUGAACCUCAGCGUCGCUCUAGUGGCCAUGGUGAAAAGUGUUGAUUCCGGAGACAAGUAUGGCAACCACUCGGAAUGCUUCUAUGGUUAUGCUAACGCGACUGACGCGUACUCGAACAAGACGGAAGACCAAAAGCAGGAGACGGGCGAGUUCGAGUGGGACAGCUACACGCAGGGCAUCAUCCUCGGUUCCUUCUUCUACGGCUACGUGAUCACGCAACUGCCCGGAGGCCGCAUCGCCGAAGUGCUGGGCGCCAGGUGGAUGUUCGGGCUUGGCGUGUUCUUCACCGCGGUGCUCACGCUCGCCAUCCCCGUCGCGUCGAGGGCCCACUACGGCGCCCUCAUUGCCAUCCGCGUUCUCCAGGGACUCGGAGAAGGCGUUACGUACCCGGCAAUGCACUCGAUGCUGGCGCAAUGGUCUCCCAAGUUCGAGCGCUCCACUGCCACUGCGCUGGUUCACGCCGGAGCCCACGUUGGUGCCAUGGCCGCGCUCACGUUUUCGGGGUUCCUUGCAGCGUCGACGUUUCUCGGCGGCUGGCCAGCUGUAUUCUACGUUUUCGGGCUUCUAGGCUGCGUGUGGUUCGUAUUUUGGAUGUUCCUCGUGUAUGAUAGCCCCGAAGAUCAUCCUCGAAUCACUCAGGAGGAAUACGACUACAUUUUGAUCAACCAAGGUGAUGAAAAAGUACAAAAGAACUUGAAGAUACCAUGGAAGUCCCUCGCCAUGUCGAAAGGACUCUGGGCUCUUUCCCUGGCACACUUCGGAUCAAACUGGAUCUACUACACAUUCUUAACCAUCAUUCCCUCGUAUUUGGCUACAAUUCUUCUCUACGACAUCAAAAAGAAUGGCCUCAUCUCUUCGCUCCCUUACCUCCUCACCACGAUCACCAGCUGUUUGGCGAGCGUUUACGCUGACGUGUUGCGAAAAAGGGGCAUCAUGAGCACCACAGCCAUCCGGAAGUUUUUCAACACGUCCGCCGCCGUGGUGCCCGCACUUCUGCUGAUCGGGAUGCCGUUGGCCGGAUGCGACAGAGUUUGGUCCGUGGUGCUCCUCAGCCUAGCCGGAGCGGCGCUCGGCGUCCGAGAAGUGGGAUUCAUGGUCACCCACAUCGACAUGUCGCCCGAUUUCGCCGGAACACUUCUUGGAGUCACAAACACUAUCGGAAAUCUGCCUGGAUUUCUCAUGCCAUACGUCGCUGGAGUACUAACUAGUGAAGAAAACUCGAUCCGGACGUGGAGCUACUUCUACUACAUCGCCGCAGCCGUGGGAAUCGUCUGCGCAGCCGCUUUCUUGUUCUUCGGCACCGCCGAACUGCAGCCUUGGGGCAAGGGCGCCGAAGCACAGGAACCGGCUGUCAUGGACGAGAAACCGACCAAGGAGGAGAACAAGACGGAAAGUUCGAGACUCUAGGUGUUCGUCGCGACAUUCGAUCGGGACACUCCAAGCCUAUAGGUCACCAGGCGGCCAGGGAGAAAGCGAUUCCAUCAUUUGUAACAUCAAGAACCGCUCGUCCUCCCGGCAUCGUCUUCCGAGACACCAAGGGGAGCCGGAACACCGAGACACAGUUGUUUGUCUUUCGUAUUGGUCAGGCUUGAACACUGGUUCAGCUUACAAGUAUAGACUCGUCAAAUGUGUUUUGCGGCUCGAUGGGGGAGGAGGGUGAAAGUGUAAGGCAUGGGUUUCGGGGUACUGUCCCUUGCGCAACCGUGUAUACCUGCGUACGUUCUCGGGCGCCAUCUCGGCUUUCGUUCGCGAAACAGAGCUGUUGCGCAACUAUAUCCCUCACAACUACACGUUAUGCGUACGCAAAAAAAAAUGAAGAAAGAGAGGAAGGAAGUCGCCCGGUGUCUUCCGAGAAGUAAAUGCGGACCAUUAUCAUUUAUCAUUGAGCAUGACGAACUUGAACGAUACAGUUACAAGCAAGAAUUAAAGCAACUACUUAUUCACAACUACCAUAUUUACAGUUAUUUAAGAUGUCUGCGAAGAUACUUCCCUUCGCUUGCUUCGUUCAGUAAACUAUAAGUCAGCAGAGCGUCUUCCACGAAAUAGGUUAAAGUUCCGUACAGGGGCCUGUGCUCGCUUAGCGGUGGUAAGGAAUGAUAUUUUGCGAUAGCUAAAGCACGCCUUCGCAAAGAGAGUUUACCGUCUUAGCGCAGCGCCGAACAUCCUUCUUCUAACUACCAGGAAACAUGUCAGACUGCUGGCUGACUGCCAUGGCGCGCUCCUGAACGUAGUCGCAUCAGCGCCUGCUUGGUGAGGUUGUUGUGGAGUUUGGUGCGUUUUCGCGUAGCUAUCCAUUGAUGACCGCACUGAAAAGAGAGGGUGGGGUCGCAGUUGGGCAGGAGUUUUAAUAUGGCCGCGUCUACCAACGCUUCGAUCACCUGCCCGUAUCGGCGCGCAGGUCCGUGCAAUAUAGGUUGGAUCCGGUGCGAAACACUCCUUGGCGAAGCUCCCCGGGCUUUUAAUAUACUCGCUAUACGUCGGGUAAAAGAGGGAGCAUUUUCUGGUUGACGCAAGCAUUAUAACCAGCCGCGACAUCUUUACGCACAAAAUCUAUACCUUAGCGAAUGCGCUUUCUUUACUGGAGUCGCCGCAAGCUUUCACUGAGUCCAUACGAAGUCAAGCGCGGCCCAUGGCUGUUGGCGUGUUUUCAACCGCAAAAAAAAACUUGUUGCCUGUGGUGCAGGCUAACAGGCAAGCCAAAGAAGCUUGUUCAUUAUAACAAAGAGUCGUUAGACAGAAAGAAGAAAGUCACUCAGCCUGCCAAUACUUCUAGACAUUCCUGCUGAAGUAUUGCCUACAUUUAGCAAAUUCAGAAGGUCAGGCAGUGGCACCAUCACUUCCUCAGUUCUGGCAAGGUGCUAGUUUAGGAAUGAAAAUAGAAUUUGACUGGUUCAUGGAGUUCAAGCUCCGAAACCAACACUGAGGCUGUCAGAGACAUCCGUAUUGGAGGCUUCCAUAUUAGUGUCGACAACUGAUUUUUUUUAAAUUGCACCUAAAUUCAUCGUAGCAAAUCUAAAUUUAGAUUUCGCCCGACAUCGAAAUGCGGCCGCUGCGGCCAGCAAUCGAACCAUCGACCUCGUGAUCAUCGGUUGAACGCCGUAGCUACUGAGCCUCGGUGAUGGGUGAAAAAUUGAAUUUGUCUCGCAGUUUUUCACCAUUCACACGUAACCCUUUUCGGCAGAUGGAACUCUGAGAAUUUUCCAAAAUGGCAGCUUAACAGCCUCAUACAUAUUAUAGCCCGGCUUUAUUGGUCAACUAAUUAGAUAACGCAUGUAGCCUUAUACUUCAGCUGACAGCCUUCAUGAUUUUAUUAGCUGGUCACGCCGUAUAGACCGGCAAAUUCGUAAGUGCUUGAAUGUAUAGCUGUGAAAAACAGUGACCGUUCUCUCUUUGUAUCGACUGCUCUGUCUGUUCAGGUGUGCCAAAGAAUACAAGAACUUACGAAUUCGUCAUGCUGCCUUUUCAGCAGGUGUAUAAAGUUAUUUUAGCCUUUCACUGGACAAUGUUUACGAAAUAUUAGACAGUUUUAUAGCGUAUAUUUUUAUGACGUUGGGUGAUAGAAAGCUUAUGAAAAGAGCCAACAUCAACUUCGCGUGUACAUACUUAUAUACUAAUGUUUGUGUUAGCGCGAGAGAAAAUUACAUAUAUAUGUAUAUUGUUGAGACACACAUGUUUUGUGCACUUGUUGUAUUUUAUGCUCAGAGUUGACAACUACGAUGGUAUUUAAUAAAUAAAUAAGUUUAUAUGUUCAAAAACAA